AUGCCAGUGCGUCGAAAACAUGUGUACAGUCCCGAGGUCAAUCUUGGCGAGCUUCUUAUGCGGUUUUUCGAGGUCUAUGCUCAGGAAGUCAACUAUGAUUGUGUCGGUAUAUCGGUGGUCGAUAUGCGAUACACACCGAAAGAGGUGCGUCGUGAUGGCGACAAAAAACAGGCGCUGUUAUCGAUCGAGGAUCCUUUACUGAUAACUAUUGAGUGA